CAGAUACAUGUAUGAUAUCUCUCUCUCGUCAUCUCUCAACUGUUCAGUAUUCACUUCUCACUCUCUCACUCCUCGUCUUUUCACCCACCCGCCUGCCGCCGGAAAUUCUCUCAACCACCACCGCUGGCGCAGCGCAACUGCUCCCUGUGAAUCAGCAAUAGAAUGGUGAAAGCCGGGAAGUGGUUCCGGGGGCUACUUGGCCUGAAGAAACCCGAGUGUCCCGCUAAUCCAAACCAAAACCCGAGCACGAAACCGCCGAAGAGGCGAUGGAGCUUCGUCAAAUCCAACAGAGAGAAGGACAGCCUCGACAAGUCCCAGCGCGGCGCUUCCACGGAGCGGCAAGACGGGACCGGAGACGCCGUUGAUCCGAGCAAGCAUGCCGUGGCGGUGGCGGCCGCGACGGCGAAAGUGGCCGAGGCAGCUAUUGCCGCGGCUCAGGCCGCCGCGGCGGUGGUGCAGCUGACGAGUAGUGGCAGGUCCACCUCCGCCGCCGCGUGGUGUGGCUCCACGGUGAAUUCAACGGCGUGCAUUAACCGGAACGCCGGAGGUUACGGGAUUCGCGAAGAACUCGCGGCCGUUAAGAUUCAAUCUCACUUCCGAGCCUAUCUGUCGAGGAGAGCUUUACGAGCAUUGAAGGCGCUAGUGAGGCUUCAGGCACUGGUUAAAGGUUACCUUGUAAGGAAGCAUACUGCCGAUAUGCUUCGAGGCUUGCAGGCGCUAGUAAGAGCCCAAUCAAGAGCUAGGUCGGGAUUGCCCAAGAUUUCUGAAUCACCGCAUUCGAGCACCAAAUCUGUUCAAUUUCAGCAUCCUGGCCCUCCUACUCCCGAGAAAUUUGAGCAAGUCAUUCAUAUGAGGAGCGGACAGAAUGAUGAUACUAUCAUGCUCAAGAGGAAUCUUUCAAAGAGGAGAGUAAUUGGCGACCAGGAAAAAGUGCGUUCAAACCGAAUGGACUACAGGAUGGAUGCUUGGUCCUGGGAACACCAAGGGUCUUCGAGAUCCGGCCCCAUUGAUGAUGGGAAGAGCGACAAGAUUCUUGAAAUCGACACAGGGAAGCCCGUCUUUCUACCCAAACACAGAAACCUCUUUCACAGUUCUCAUCUCAGCUUAAACUCUGACCAAUAUAGUUACAGCCUAGCUACAUCAAAGGACUCCACAGCUCACCAAAUUGUUCAUAGCCCAUCUUACUGCGAGGCGCAAUCCUUGAGCCCUCAGAACUUUGGUCAACAGAUCAACGAAAGCUGCUUCUGCACUGCUGACAAUAGCCCUCAAUUCUACUCGGCUUCAUCAAAAGGCGGUAGUUCAAGGGUAGGACCGUUUACCCCAUCCAAGAGUGACGCGAGAAGUUGCCUGAGUGGCUACUCGGACCAUCCAAACUACAUGUCUUACACUGAGUCAGCAAAGGCUAAGAUGCGGUCCCUCAGUGCCCCAAAACAAAGGCCUCAGUAUGAAAGGUCGAGCUCAACGAAGCGCUACUCAAUCCAUGGAUAUGGCGAGCUGAGAACAAACUCACAAAGGGGCUCGUCAUUACAGGCCAACUUUACCAGUAAAGCGUAUCCUGGCUCGGGUCGAUUGGACAGUUUCGGAAUGCCUGUUAUUAGAGAUCAAGUUGGUUUCAGUGGUGGCCUCUGGCAUAGAUAUUAGACUGCAGAAUGCAUUAUGACCUCUGUUUUUUUGCCAAUGCUAACUUAAAAGUGUAGUUCCAAAUGUCCAUUGUCCCAGUUUAGGCCCUUCCCUUUUUGAGUCCUGGGGAUCACUAAAAACUCUAUGUAAGGUUAAUUGUAAUAUGAAAGAAUAUGAUCUCUUCCACUUCCCCAGGUACUACCAUUCUAUAUGCAAUUUGAAAUGUUUUGUUUGCUGAAA